UUGGGCCUUGAAGUCAACGCUUUAGUUCUAUUUCUGCUGCUGACCUUUGUAAACAGCGCGAGUGCGAUAGAAGAGGAAUUCGAGCGAGCAGAACCCGGAGAUGUUCCUUCAUUUACGUACGAAAUAAACAAGUAAGUAUCCAUUCAAGCUUAGUUAAUUUAUUCGAAGAUUCAUUGUGUUAAAGAACCUUUUCGUCUUGUUUUGUAGCUACCUCAUCUGUUCAGUCUGUAAGGAACUAGAAGGGAAAAUUUACGACUUAAGUACCGAGCCCGCUUCGUCGGCAAGAAUAAAAAGAAUUUUCGAAGAGUCUGCGCUAAGAGGUGUAAUCAUCAACAGUCGUAUUAUUAAUGUCUUCAAGAAGAAAAUUUCGCUUCUUUUCUCGGCAUUGAAGAAAGCUGGUCAAAAAGGCAGUCGCCAUGUUAAGAAGCUUAAAGAAAAAUGGCAGAAAGAAACGUACUCAUUCACGGUAUUUUAUGAUGAAAUUGAAACAUGUCAGCUACACCAGAAGAACAGGGGUUUGCGUGGACAAAAGAGAAAGCUGGAAGCAUCCCUCGCAAAUGAACAGGCGAAAAGGCUAAAGGUAGAAGAGAAACUCGAACAGGUACUUAAGAAGACAGAAAAGAAGGAUAAAAACUACAAAAAGAAAUUUAAGAUUCUAGCGCGUAAAAUUGCAAAACUAUAG